CUACCUCGGCCAGUCAAAGCACGAGCCGCCACCUGCUCUGGCGCACUCUAGCCCAGCCUGGCCCCGCCCCAUCCCUCCCAUUGGCCGCGGGCCGCGAACUUGAACCAGCGGCGGGGCCGGGCCAGCCAAACGUUACCCGGCUGCUGCGAACCCGGCUGCCUCGGCGGCUGACCUCUCCGAGGGGUGAAGAAGCCCGGCCUCUAGGGGUCAGAAAAUUUCGAGCCUUCUCCUUGAGAGACCUGGCCAGGCCUUGAUCUGCUGACCAUCAAUGCUGCCUGGAACAACCAUUCUGAUUGAGGUUCCAGCCUCAGCACCUGGGUUAAGGCCCUCCUGGUGACCCGCCCAGUUUAGACUCCAUGGAUGCCAAUCGGAAGGAGAAUGUGCCACCCUGGCCAGGAGGCCACAUGAAUUCAGGACAACGGUCGGUUCAGAAAAAGCUGAAUAUCAAUUUCUCUGUGGGCAAUGAACAAAAAACUGUGUUGUCGUCUUGCCCAAUGGAACUGGGGCCAGGCCACAGGUUGGAGCUGGGGAGGCCUAUGGUCAGCAACCUUGACAGAAGGCAGCUGUCCACCUUGGUUCAGACCAACUUGCCUCCUUCUGGGCAGCCCCUGCAAGAUGCCACGAGGAUGGUGAGUAACCCCUGCUUUGAGCAACAAAGCAAUCUGCACGCCUGGGCCUGGAGGCUGAAGCCAUCUGAGAAGCAGAGAGCGAUUUUCUUCAAGCAAAACAACAUGAAUCUGAGCAGAGAAGACCCAGAGAGGAGAGGGGGGAACAGGAACCCCCUGAACCUAGAAGGGCCAGACAGGAGACUGUUGAAUUGCUCAAGGGAUCUCCUGCAGCCCCCACGAUCUCAAAGUGCUCCUUGGUCCUCCAAGCUAAGCAGCCAGACCCAUAGGCACCCAUUUCUAAGGGACCGACCAUCAUCUUCACUCCCUGGCUUUGGAAAUUCUUUGAAGAUCUCGCCAAAAGCCACAAAAGUUCAGGGCUCUGAAUCAAACCCUUUCCCUCAGUCUGGGCAUAACCAUCAUCCUGCCCAACCCAGCCAAAGACCGAAUUGCUGGGCCCCAAACCCCACGGGACGAGCCUUCUCCUUGGAAGACCUCCCAGGCCAGUGUCAGCAAUCGGCUCACCCCCUAAUCAUGGGGCCCAGCACUGAGCUUUCCCCAGAAUUGGCUCGUUUGCUCUUGUCCAGGAGAUGCCGUGAAUACCCAGAAAUGCUCCACCUAUUCAAGGCUUCCCAGGAGCCCUUCAGACCCUGUGGACCUUGGCCCGUCUCGAACCAGGCCACUUCUUCAGAUAAGACAUCAGAGCACCCCAGCCCCCAUACCCAGUCCUGCAGAGCUGUGACUCUAGAGGCCACCCCCAGCCUGAUACCAGGGCAUCCCAGCCCUCUCACUCUCUCCAACGGCACUAUGAUACCCAGAUGUCACAAUCCUCUCACUCUUUCCCCUGGGGCUAUGAAUUUGGAGGACUCCCCAAACUUUUCAUCAAUGUUCCCCAAAUGCAGACCUCUGUUACCUAGGUCAAUGAAUACAGAGUCCUACUCAAACCUGUUACUAUGUUACCGUAACCCCCAUCCAUGCUCCAGCAAGGCUGGGAAUCCAGAGGCCCCCCCAAAUCUGAAACCAGGGUACCCUGGCCCUCAUCCAUACUCUAACAGUUCUGGGAGUCCAGAAGCUUCCCCUAACCCCAUCAUUCUCUCUCCUAACAUUGUAAGUCCAAAGGCCCCCCCAAAUCUGACACCAGGGUAUCCUAGCCCUCCUCCUUUUCCCCUUAGACCAAUGUCUCCAGAAGCCUCCCCAAGUCUGACAGCAGGGUAUCCCAACCUCCACACUUUCUCUAAUAAGACUGAGGCUCCAGAGGCCUCCCCCAACCCCAUGCCAGGGUCUUCUCUCUUUACUCUCCCCUACCAUGCUGCUACUACAGAGGUCUAUCCCACUCUCCUAUCAGAGCAUCCCAACUUCCAUACUCUCUCCAGCAAAGUUAUGACCCCAAAGGUCUCACCCAAUCUGACGCAGGAGUUUCCCAGCCCCAAUUCUCUAUCUAGCAGAAUUAGGGCGCCAGAAACUCCCCUAAGGUUGACCCCCGAGAACCUCGGCCCCUUUACUCUCUUUAGCAGUAUUGCAACUCCAGAGGUCUCCCCGAAGCUGACAGUAAGGUACCCCAAUCCUUUUACUCUUUCCGGCAGUCCUGAGAAUCCAGAGGCCUCCCCCAACCUGAUCCCAAGAGCUGGGACUCCAGAAGCCUCCCCAACGCUGCUGACCCUGAGGCGCCCUCAAGGUGUGCAGCCGUUCACCAGGGCCUUUGGCAUGCCCGAAAAACAGGGCAGGGACGAGGGCCCUGGUUGCAGGGAGCUGGGUGACUUCAGCCUCCUCUCCUCCAGCAGCGGGCCAGCCGAGACGGCCCCUAGCUGCUCCUCCGGGACCAGCGGGAUGAAUAUCUUCAGGCCUGUCAACCCAGCCUCCUCUCAGUCUGAUGACUCUAUGGUGGCUCUCCCCUUAGCAGCUUCCCAAUCCUUUCCUCCAUGGAGGGCCCCGGGCCUAGGGGACCCCCACCAGGCCGUGCCAGCCUCCCCUGAAAGGUCCUCCCGGCCCAUGGCGGGGAUGUUGACUUGUUUGCCGAGCUCCCGUGUGGACAGAGGCCAGGAAAUGGUGGAGCCCCAGCUGGAGGGACAUCUACAGAAAAUCUGGGAGAUCCUCACGUCCCUGGUUCCCCAGGUCACAAAUACCCCUCACCCAGGCCCUGUGAAAGGUCCUGUUCUUCCUACCCACUGGGGAAGCCCAAAAGAGGAGACCUCUUCGGAAUCUGAGGGUGGGCCUGGCCCCGGUUUCCAGAAUGCCGCCUAUGCGCCCCACCUCUCAGGGCAAAGAGGCAGAGCAGGCCCAAGAAAUUAUUUUUCAGCCUCCUCUUCUCCUGGGGGGCAUUUCCCGCCCCAGCAGCGGUCCAGAGGGGCUCCGAGGCCCAACAAACAGAGGGGUCCCUGGAUGGAUCCGGGCAUUGCCAGGAACCUUGGAGCAAGAAGCUGGAAUAGGAGUGACCUACACCUGGCCGCCGCCGGGGCCUCCCAGCUGGAUCUGGCACAAGAAGAGAAGUCAUCCGUAAACUCUUUAACGCUAGAGGCCAGGGAAUCAAGGACCCUCCUCAGAGGCUGCUUCAGAGCCUGGAGAUGCCAUCUGCAAAAACAGUGGACCCUGGCCAAGGCUCUGAGGAGGAGACAGCUCUUGCAAAAGAGCAUCCUGGCAAUGCGCAGCUCCUUAAGACUCCGGGAAGCCCAGAGGGAGCUCAUGAAGAAGAAGCAGGGUCGGGCCCUGCUGGCCAAGAGCUUCCAGAAGUGGAAAGACUUCUCUAGGAAUCGGAGAAUGAGGAAGCUGCAGACUCAGUCCAGGACAGAGACUUCUGAGGAAGACUCCCUACCUUCCCAGAAAGGCCAACAGGAAAAACCCUUUGUCAGUCUAGGAGUGGUCUAUGAAAUGGAGGGAACGCCAGAGAUUAAGCUCUACCCCAAAUGGAAAUCGGGCAGUGGGGACAGGAGGGUUCCAACCACUCAAGACCUUCGACAGCUGGCUGUCUUCCACCUGUGGCACCUGCGGAAAGCGCUGGCAGCACAAAUACACAAGGAGGCCCGGGCCCAGGCUGAGCUGGGGAAGAAGAAGCUUCAGAGGGCCUUCCAGGCGUGGCGGGCCAGCACCAGGGACCUCGCGCGGAUCUCCCCUCUGGUGACCCGGCACCGAAGAGCCCAGCUGGAUCGGUGCUUUGGGAUAUGGAGGUGCCACACCCAGAGAAAGGCCCGGUGCCAGGGCAGCCUGGCCCGCUGGCGGCUAGAGACCUUGCGGAGGAGCCUGCGCCAGUGGGUCGCCAUGGUGGGGCUCCAGGCGGCGCAUUCGAGGGCCGUGGCGCAGCUCUAUCUCCGUCGCCAGAGGAGCUGGCACCUGGAGGUGACGGCGGCCCACCAGGGGCCCAGCAGAGGAGGACACAAGCCGCCCCGCCGUGCCCCCGGGGGCAGGGCAAAGGACUCUCUGGAGGAGGCCUGCCGGAAGCUGAAAUUACACCGGGUGGUCCUGCUGUGGUCCCGGAGGCUGGCCCAGCGCCGGCGGGCGGACUCUUUCUCCCAGGGCAUGAAGCUGCAGCUUCUUCGGCGCAGCCUGCGUCACUGGCGGCAGAGGGUCCAGGCGGCGGCAGAGUCGCCUCGUGCCAGCUGCCCCCAAGAGCUCCUCGUCGGCUUCCAGGAUCCAGAAGAGUCGUCCUGCGGGUUUCUGGGCUGUGUCGUGGCCCCGCUGGGCUCCAGCACCCCCAGGAGCUCAUCAGAGGGGGCCCGUAGCCUGACCGAGAGCAGCGGCUCCUUUGGGAGCCUGGCGGGGGACGAUGCCCCUUGGGUGCUGGCCCUGGGCUUCAGGCCGCCCCCUUCGAAGGCCUCCAAGACCUGGAGGAUAUGCGUCCCCUCUGGGCAGGAGCAUCCUGGACCCAGGAAACAGUCGCCGACCUACCCUUUUCUGGGAGCAGAGGCUCGUGGCCAGAGGAAAGCUGUGCAGGUUCCCACAGACCCUGGCCACCUGGAGAGCCUCUGGCAAGAGGAGGGGUGCCAGGAGGGCUCUCGGCAGGCUCCAGAAGCCAACCAGCAUCGCCAGAUCACCCACCAAACCCGGGUGAUCCGCAGCCCAAACCAAGAGGCAGCCCGAGGGGCUUGCCAGGAGCAGACCUGCCCAAAGCCAGUCUGGGGAGCCGACCAAGAAGCUCUUCGCCGCCCGCCUACAUCGGGGCACAGAUUCUCUUCCUCAGGCCAGCAGGCCCUCGGGGAGCUGUGUCCCGGGUGGAGUCAGCCGAGGGCCUCCUUCCCCAAGAAGAGAGUGUUUGGAAAAUGGCCGCCUGAGGCAUCAAUGCAGAGAACCCCUGCCUCCUGCCAGGAGCCGUCCAGCCUGCAGAUGUGUCCCUGGGCCCACUGGAACACAGCACUGCCCAGAGGGGCGCCGAGCCGGCAGCUGGCCGAGGAGGAGGAGGAGGAGAGCACCCCUGUGGGCCCCGGGCCCAGGAUCAAAGCCAGGCUCCCUUGGAGACCGGCCAUCAGAGGGCACGGCACCCUGUGUGCAGAUCCCAACACUCUCAUGAAGCAGGCCAGCAACUACUGGACAAGAGCCAUAACCCUGGCCCAGGCCAAGCAGAAACACUGCAGCCACAUUGGACAGAGGAAGCUAAGGAAGUUGUCGGUGUCUCUGGGUGCCCCAAAGCAGGGCUUCCUGCUGGCUUCUUCCCCCUACUGUGCUCUCCACUGUAGUUCCUUCCAACUUUGGCUUCAACUUUACCGAAAGCAAGGCAGGGCCAAGGGACUGACCAGCCAGGAGGAGCUUGGGAAGGCUACCAGACAAGGAGGCGGCAGCUCUAGGACAAUCCUGAUCCCCAAGAGCAAAGACCACUGGAAGGCAGCAAUGUUGAAGGGAACAUGGCUGGAGUAAGAGCAGAACCAGAACCUCAGAAUUAUACUCUUGGAAAGGAUCUGAGAAACUGUCUAGUCCAAUCUGUACCUAAGGAAGACUUCCCUUUUCAGGAAAGUGGUCGCCUCACUGGUUCUGAGUUCAAAUUCUACCUUUGAUUCUUACCUGUGAGACCAUGGGCUGGGUCCUGAACCUCUUCGGGUCUACUUUUUCUCAUUCAUCUCAUGAUGGGGUUGUACUAGACUAGGAGGCUGGCAUCUACAGUCCCCUCCAGCCUUAGGAUCUAUGAGAACAUCCCAAGACAGCUCAUUCUUCUUUGGUUAGCUCUCAUUGUCAGGAAAAUUUUCCUUACCACAAGCCCACCUGUUGCAAAGUCUGCCCAUUGCUUCCUGGGGCAAGCAGGGCAGGUCGAAUUUCUGUUCCCUGAAGUAGCUUUCCCUUCCCCCGUAAGUCUUCCCAAGUCCAAACAUCCUCAAAUCUUUCAGCAUAUCUUCAUAUGGCAUGAACUCAAGGCCCUUCACUAUCCUGGGGAAAAUCAUAAUAGAGACUUUGAGAAGGUCACUUGCUCAUUAAAAUGACACAUGGUUGUAAAAGGACUGAAACAUUAUUGAUAAGUUCAUUUGUUUUUGUUAUGUCUGGCUUGUCAUGAACCAUUUGGGGUUUUUUGGCAGAUACUGGGAAUGGUUUGCCAUUUCCUUCUCCAGUUCAUUUGACAGAUGAGGAAACUGAGGCAAACUGGGUUAAAUGACUUAUCCUGGGUCACAGUGAGGCCAAAUUUGAACUCUGGAAGAUGAAUCUUCCCAACUCCAGGCCAGGUGCUUUAUCCAUUGUGUCACCUAGUUGGCCUCAAGUCACCUGGUCCAACCUCUUGUUUUUCUCUUUUUUGAUUUUUCUUUUUAAAAUUAAAAUUUUAUUUUUUAAUUUUUUCCAUGAUUACAUGAUUCUUGUCUCCCUCCCCUCCCAAAGUUGACAAGCAAUUUCACUGGAUUAUACAUAUAUUAUCACUCAAAACCUCUUAUUCAUUUUUGUAAUGAUUGUUUAUAAUCAAAAGCCCAAAUCAUAUACCCAUAUACAUAAUGAUAAAUCAUAUUUUCUUCUGAAUUUCUACUCAUCUUAAAAAAUUUUUUUUAAACCCUUACCUUCUGUCUUGGAAUCAAUACUGUGUAUUGGUUCCAAUGCAGAAGAAUGGUAAGGGCUAGGCAAUGGGGGUUAAGUGACUUGCCCAGGGUCACACAGCUGGGAAGUGUCUGAGGCCAGAUUUGAACCUAGGACCUCCCAUCUCUAGGCCUGACUCUCAAUCCACUGAGCUACCCAGCUGCCCCCCCCCUUUUUUAAUUUUUUAAAAGACUUAAUGAUGCCUUUUCUUUUUCCCCAAUUGUUCUUACCAGAAGUAUUCCCUCUUUAGUGAGCGUUCCUUUGAAACAAAAAACAAUUAAGCAAAACCAGCACAUUGACAUAGGUAGGCAUGGGGCCUUGACACAAGGCUUUCUCUCCAGGAGGAAAUACCUACAGAGGUGGAGACAUGAGGUAAUGCUUCGGAGGUUUCACAGCCAACAAAAAACAAGGAGACUGGCAGAAGUCUGGCAAUGCUGGAUAGAUGCCCAGGGAGCAGAGCAACUGGGACGGACACUGGUGAGCCUUGUUGGAGGGGAUCAUUGAAUUAGUUUCCCAAGUCAGAAGGGACCCAGAGGUCACCUCCUCUAUUUUAUAGGCCAGCCAGCCCUAAUUCCACUCUUUAUUUUUUUAAAAAUCCUUACCUUCUGUCGUGGAGUCAAUACUGUAUAUCGGCUCCAAGGCAGAAGAGUGGUCCUAAUUCCACUCUUUAAAGAUGCCCAACAGACUCCGCAAGAGGCUAAAGGCCCUUUCUCCUGGCCGAGGAGCACACACCUCCCCAUGUCAUCUGGAAGUGCUGGAACGGGGCAGGCAUCUGGCUGGAGGGGAGGUGGCUCCCCCACUCCUGACCUUGGGCUGCCCUCAAGCAGGUCAGGCAGUGGUGGCUGGAAUGGGGCUGGGAGAAGUGGCGGAGGCAGUGGCUGCAGCUUCAAGUGGGCCUGCGUUUGCAAGACUCCCGCAUCAGCAUCCUCUCUCAGGUAUUUGCUCGGAGGCCAGGGUCAGUGUCUAAAGGCUUCCAGGCCUGUGGCAGGGCUGCAUUCCCGAGAUCUCUAGUUUUUGCCAGGGCUGGGCCCCUCCAGAGAUCCCCCCUGCCUCACCCUAAAACAUACUAAGGAGAGGCAUUAGUUUCUAUUUGGGCUGUUAAGGGAGGUCAGAAGUGGCUUUUGAGUUUCAAGCCCCAACUUCAGCCCUCAGAUACCACCCAAGGGUCCUGGUUUCAGAAAUAGCUUUCCCCCUCCCCCAAGUCCUAUUCAAGGCAAGAUACAGAUGCCUAGUGCACACAAGGGGGUACACUCCUCCUUCUGGGCCUACUUCAUUUUAAGCAGUUCUCCAUAUCUUUCCAGAUAUUCUGGGCUAAUGCAUUCUGCCCUGGCUGCUGCCUUGGGGGUUGUGGGGGUGUGGAGGGCUUUUUAUUUAGUUUUCCUAAGGGGGAGGGGAUAGAACUCAAGGACAGCUGUUGCAGCCUCUUAGCAUGAACAGGCUGAUCCUGAAGGCUGGGCAGAGAGCCCAGAACAGGAGUAGCUAAAGAUAGUGUUUCAGGGAGGCAACAAAUGGUUCCCCAUUACCUUCCCACGCUUGGUUUCAGGCCUUUGGAAGAUGGUACCAGAGCUGGGCAGCCCAGGUGCCCAGGAGAGGAAGUGCCAGCCAGUUAUCAGGGGUCGAGGGGCAGGCCCUUCCUGCCCCAUUGGGGGUGCCUCCCUCAGGGGAAGAAGUCCAACUGUGCCCCAUCCCAUCCCAUCCCACUCACAAGAGCUAGCUGGAGAAAAGCCCAGCAAACAUGUCUGGUAAUAUUUUAAUGGAAAAUAGCUGUUAGGGCAGACAAUAAAAUAUGAUUCCUUUC